AGGAGGACAGGCAACACAAACUUCUCGUAACAUCUGGGUCGACCGGUCCACUUCGGACCUGUUUUCUUUUUCAUUUCUCGGUGUAACCGCGUAGAGAGCCCCAUUACGCACUCUGGACACUUAUUUGAUGUUAUUUAUAUCCGCACGCGAGCACCUCCCCGCACCGCGUUACGGCGCAUGGACGCGUCCCUCCAGGAGUUUGAAGGAAAGAAAGAAAGAGAGAAAGAAAGAAAGAAAGAGGGCUUGUCAGCUUCUUCUUUUUCUUUUUUUUAAAAACAUCAUCACGGGUUUUUUCAAGGCUUGUUUUCUCUUUCUUUGCAGGAGAAGACUAUUUUCUUCGGGUCGUUUUUGAAGUGUGUAGUGGAGAGGGUCCGAAGCCACUUUUUAUUUUCUUUUUCCAUUGGCACACACACACACGCGCGCGCGGAGGCUCAGCGAGCAGCGGCGCGCUCACUGCCGACAUCCUCUACCCCCGCGCGGCGCGUGUGAGGAAGGAAAGGAAGAAAGGGCAGGAGGAAAAGAAAGAGAGGCGCUGGAGAGCUGCUGCUCAACGCUGUUGUGAUGCGCAUUCCCGUAGAUCCCAGCGCCAGCCGGAGGUUCAGCCCGCCGGCCAACGGCCUCCAGACGGUCCCGGGCAAGAUGAACGACGUGAGCUCCCCGGCGACACAGCCGGACGCCGCCGCGGUGCCGAGGCUCAGACCCCACGAGAACCGCAGCAUGGCCGAGAUCAUCGCGGACCACCCGGCCGAGCUGGUCCGGACCGACAGCCCCAACUUCCUGUGCUCGGUGCUGCCCUCCCACUGGCGGUGCAACAAGACGCUGCCGGUCGCCUUCAAGGUGGUCGCCCUGGGAGACAUACCCGACGGCACCGUUGUCACGGUGAUGGCGGGCAACGACGAGAACUACUCCGCCGAGCUGCGCAACGCCUCCGGCGUGAUGAAGAACCAGGUGGCGCGCUUCAACGACCUCCGCUUCGUGGGCCGCAGCGGCCGAGGCAAGAGCUUCACGCUGACAAUCACCGUCUUCACCAACCCGCCGCAAGUGGCCACUUACCACCGAGCCAUAAAGGUCACCGUGGACGGACCGCGGGAGCCCAGGAGACAUCGUCAGAAACUCGAGGACCCGCCCAAAACGGGUCUCUUCUCAGACCGCCUUAGCGAGCUCGAGAGGAUGAGGGUGAGGGUGGCCAUGCCCGCUCAGGGGGGGCCCCGGCCCGCCCUCAACGCGGGGGCCAACACCUUCAACCCCCAGGGACAGACGCAGAUCUCAGACCCCCGGCAGUCGCAGUCCUCUCCUCCGUGGUCCUACGAGCAGACCUACCCGUCCUACCUGAGUCCCAUGGCGUCCCCCUCGCUCCACUCCACCGCCCCCCUCUCCUCCAGCCGGGGCACGGGGCUGCCGGCCAUCAGCGACGUGCCGAGGCGACUGACAGGUUCCUCCGACCUGAGCCCGUUCCCGGGUCAGUUUGAGCGCCAGUUCCCGGGCCUCCCCCCGCUGGCGGAGACGCGCUUCUCCGGCCCCCGGAUGCACUACCCGGGCACCUUCGCCUACACCGCGCCGCCCGUGACCUCCGCCAUGUCGCUGGGCAGCGCCCACUACCACACCUACCUGCCGCCGCCGUACCCGGGCUCCGCCCAGAGCCAGACGGGCCCCUUCCAGACGGGCAGCGCGCCGUACCUGUACUACGGCGCGUCGUCCGGGUCCUACCAGUUCUCCAUGGUGCCGGGCGGCGACCGCUCGCCGUCCCGCAUGAUCCCGCCCUGCACGAGCGCGUCCACGGGGACCAGCCUGGUGAACCCCAACCUGCCCAGCCAGACGGAGGGCGGGGGGGUGGACGGCGGCGACGGCAGCCACAGCAACUCCCCCACGGUGCUGAACUCCGGCGGCCGCAUGGAUGAAGCCGUCUGGCGGCCGUAUUGAAGAAAAGGUCGGAGGUCGGCCGAAAGCACAAAAUAACUUCUUUUUUCUUUUUUUGUUGAAAAGAGGAUUUUUUCUUUUUUUUGAGCUCUCAUCAGCGAUCUCGGAAAUUAUCGAGAUAAAAGAAGUUUAAAAGAAGAGACUCAUGCACUCGUCUCCCUGGAACUACGGAGGGAAUCAUUCUCACAGCAAUAAUGAGAGAGACAUUUUGUAUUUGUUUGGGGAGGAUUUCUGUUUUAUUAUAAUCCACGAGCUAAGGGAUGCUUCAAAAACGAUAUUUGUUAAAAAAAAAAAUCUAAAAAAAUGUCCUCUUUUUGUAAAGUGUUUGUAUUUCACCAAUGAGGCUUUUUAUUAUUAUUAUUAUUGCAGAGCAUGUUUUUGUACUUACGACAAUAUCGAGAUGCAAAGCGAGGCACUGAGUAGCGAGUGAUGAGCGUGACGCGUGUGUCGCCUUCAACGGUCAAUUUGCUUUAAAACUAUUAAUUUAACUUGUAUAUUUUAUAUUUGUGGGUGAAAACGUUGAAUUGUAGAAUCGAUGCGUUUUUUUCUUAUUUUUUUCUUCUUAGUUUUAACUUAUAAAAGCCAUAAAUUAUGUAUUGUUAUUUGAAACUUGAGUCAAAGCAGUGUAAUCUGAAUAUAAGUUAACAUGAAUUUUUUUAAUUAUUAUUGAUAAUUUAAGAGAGUGAGAAGUUUAAUUUCAAUAUUUUUUUUUUAUUUCCCAAAGAUUGAAACCGGUUUUUUUUAAAUAUGAAAUGCAUUUUUAAAUGUAUUUUAUUAUUGAUAAUUUAAGAGAGUGAGAAGUUUAAUUUCUA